AUGAAUUCUUUAUGGCAUGGAAUUCUGGGAUUUGUAAUUGGAGUUUUAGGAGCUGUAUCCCUAAUCGGAAAUGGAGUCGUCAUAUACAUAUUUACUACUACGAAAAACUUGAGAACUCCAUCUAAUUUAUUGGUUGUCAAUUUAGCUUUCAGUGAUUUUUUCAUGAUGUUUUGUAUGUCUCCGAUCAUGGUCGUAAAUUGUUAUAACGAAACUUGGAUUAUGGGACCUUUCAUGUGCGAAAUUUACGGUUUGUUGGGAUCACUUUUUGGAAACGCCUCUAUUUGGACGAUGACAAUGAUAGCCCUGGAUCGUUAUAAUGUCAUAGUCAAAGGGCUUUCUGCGAAACCUAUGACGAUAAAAAUGGCUUUGCUUAAUAUUUUGUUUGUGUGGAUUCAAGCCCUUUUGUGGACAAUAUUACCGCUCUUCGGUUGGAACAGGUAUGUUCCCGAGGGAAAUAUGACUGCUUGCGGAACAGAUUAUCUCACAAAAGAUUGGUUUAGCAGAUCUUACAUUCUUGUUUAUUCCAUAUUCGUGUACUUUUUACCACUCUUCAUUAUUAUUUAUUCAUACAUAUUUAUUAUUCAGGCCGUCAUCGAUCACGAGAAUAACAUGAGAAUGCAAGCCAAAAAAAUGGAGGUAGCAUCGCUAAGGUCUCAGGAUGAUAAAAAAAAAUCUGUAGAAAUAAAACUUGCUAAGAUAGCUUUGAUGACGAUAGCCUUGUGGUUUUUUGCAUGGACUCCGUAUUUGGUAAUCAAUUAUGCAGGAAUAUUUGAAACAUUAACAAUAUCGCCGCUUUUUACAAUUUGGGGAUCCGUUUUUGCCAAAGCAAAUGCAGUGUAUAAUCCAAUUGUAUACGGCAUUAGUCAUCCCAAAUACAGAGCGGCUCUUAAAAAGAAAUUUCCAAGUUUGGUAUGCGGGACUUUGGAAGAUGAUCACACGUCGGCGGCAUCGGGAAUCACGACAUGCAAUGAAGAAAACACGACAAAAGUUUAA